AUGCGUGAGAUCGUCCACGUUCAAGCCGGACAGUGCGGAAACCAGAUCGGAGCAAAGUUCUGGGAGGUUAUCUCUGACGAACACGGCAUCCAGCCCGAUGGAUCAUACAAAGGAGAAAGUGAUCUUCAAUUAGAACGAAUUAAUGUGUACUACAACGAAGCUAAUGGAGGAAAAUAUGUUCCACGAGCAGUACUUGUUGACUUGGAACCUGGAACGAUGGACUCUGUUCGAUCAGGACCUUUCGGUGCUUUAUUCCGUCCCGACAACUUUGUCUUUGGACAGUCUGGAGCAGGAAAUAACUGGGCGAAGGGACACUACACAGAAGGAGCUGAACUUGUCGACAGCGUUCUUGACGUUGUUCGCAAGGAGGCAGAAGGAUGCGAUUGCCUUCAGGGUUUCCAACUCACGCACUCGCUUGGAGGAGGCACUGGAUCAGGAAUGGGAACUUUAUUGAUUGCUAAGAUCCGUGAAGAGUACCCUGAUAGGAUCAUGUCUUCUUUCUCAGUGGUGCCUUCACCCAAGGUUUCCGAUACCGUAGUUGAACCUUACAAUGCCACGCUUUCUGUGCACCAACUUGUGGAGAACACCGAUGAGACAUUCUGCAUUGACAACGAAGCACUUUACGACAUUUGCUUCAGGACACUCAAGCUUACUAACCCUACUUACGGAGAUCUUAACCAUCUUGGUAAUCAUUUCGUUCUUUGUUCAGUAUCAUACUGUUGUGUUGUGAGUCAGUGA